GUAAAAUAUCUGUUGGUUGCUUCAUACCUUGUAAAGUACAGAAAACCAGCAAACUCACUUACAAUUAUCGCAUGCAGAUUCGAAAUUAACGACUACAGCCACUUAAAUCUCCCGGCUAAUAAGUCGUGCAUCCUCGCCGCCGGCAUUGUCGAUACGAAACCACAACAACAACAAGACCAGAUAUUCUUCAGAAUAUCUGCCUCACAACACAAAGACGAUAAGACUCCUUUAACGAAUGCAGCAUUUUCUGCACACACGACACCUCUCAAUGCACCUACUAGUGCGUACUACAAGCUCCAACCGCAGAGCAUAAUAUGGACCAUCUCCCCACAACCAUUCAAUU